CGCAGUCGGGAGGACAGCAUUUUGAUGGGCAUGGAUUUUGUGUAUGUCGUGGAAAUGGUGGAGGUCGUGGGCAUUGCACUGGGAGUCAUAUGAUUAAUACUGACCAUUGUGAUCUGUGCUCUCCCCACCUGGAUAGAGACAACCUUUAUAGCAGGUAACGUUGCCACCACAAAGGUGGUCUUGAACGGCCUGUGGAUGUGCUGUUUGACCCUAGGCACGGGUCAGACAUGGUGUGAGAUGGACAACUCCAUGUGUUUUUUUCCCGAUCGUUGGAACUAUUGGGGACAUGUUCUGGAGCCUGCCAAAGCCAUGAUCCUCACUGCCAUCAUCCUGGGGGUUCUGGGGGUCAUGUGCUCCAUGGUUGGAGCCAAGUGCACCGACUGCAUCAAAGACAAAACAUCUCAGGCCAAGUUGAUAAUUAUCGCUGGAAUAAUUUUCAUCCUGGCCGGAAUUCUCAUCCUCAUCCCUGUUUCCAUGGUAGCUAGAUCAAUUAUCAACAACUCCUUUGAAUGGGUCAAAGCUGUGUUGGGGGCGUCGCUGUACUUCGGCUGGGUGGCGGCUGCCCUGCUCCUGAUUGGAGGGGUCACACUGUGCAUCACUGUGGGAGUCUUUGGGUGGAUGAUGGGAAUCUUUGGAUGGAUAGCCUCCCUAGCACCCUGUGCUCUCUCUAUAUUGCGCCCAUUCCAUGUUUUUCCUGAGCCCCCCUUUAGGGACAUAUGGAUGGUUCUGAUGACUAUCACCUCCAUCUCCUCCAUCCUGGGAGCUCUAGGAGUGAUGGGCUCCAUCUUUGGGACCAGGUGCUGUAACUGCAUCAAGAGUAACAGGAUCAGGGUCAAGGCCAGGUUCAUCGUUGGAAUAUUCUUCAUCCUGGCUGGUAUCCUGCAGCUCACCACUGAAUUUGUGAUUGUCCAUUACUUGAUAACGGAUGUCCACCUGCAGCUCAGAUAUCUCGUCAUUUUUUAUCCAAUCAACUGGGUUAUUAUGUUAGCUGAAUUGAGUAUCUGGUCCGCCUGCAUGCUCCUGAUAGGAGGGACUAUACUCUGCUGCUCCAUAUUCAAGAGGAACCAACCAGACUCAACAAUGACCCAAUCAUCCUCCCGCUAACAGCUCUGUCUUCAACAGUCAUAUAGGUCUUUAUGUCAUAUUGUGGUGGGACCAUAGUCUGGUGCAGCUGCUGCUGCUACUGCUUUAACAGAGAGGCUGUACUUUCUUUUAAUGAAAACAAUGGAGAGAAUAUAAUUGUGAUUCUAUAUGUAAUUCUAUGAUAAAACGGCCUCUAUCCUUUCUGUUCAGUGUUUAACAGUCAGAAAGGACCUGAUAGGUGUUAAAGCAACAUUGUCAUUGUUCCACCUUGUCUUUAACACGUCAAAGAGGAGUUUAUGAAACAUUGUGUUCAAAUAUUCAGUUAAUUUAGACUGGGAGUUCCUGAUGAGACUCUGCAAUGAAGGGACAUAUUCUCACUGUUUCCUCUCUGAUGUUCUAUACCAGUAUUGACACUUCUCUUUAUGCUUCUUUAAAAUGGGAUGAAUUUAAGUGGAGAUGAAUUGAA